GCCUCUCUCCAGGCAGGAAGCUGCAUACAACCAGAGGGAGGAGACUGCGGCAGCAGCAGCUGAAGCUGCUAGUAAGAGCAGUAAGUGGGAAAGAGACCUACACAAACAGGGGGACAGAGGGCCUGCGAGUCCAGCACAGCAAAUACAACCUUCCUCUUCACCUACUCCAGCCACCCUCCUAGGCACGCUGCUCGCCUAGGGAUCCUUCUCUCCCAGCACUUGCAAGAAACCAGCACGUCGCCUGCUGAUCCUCCUUUUCACACAGGCUCACCGCAGAGGCAGUCCGACUUGGGCACGUGAGGCCCGCGAUUCAAGGCGGUGGAAACCAAGCAGGGCAAGGCCACUCACUGGUGGGCUCCAGGAUGGAGAAGGGGGAUGGGAUGGACUCCUGCAGGAGAUAAGGGGUGGAGACCCGCACCGGGCAUGAAGACCCCUAACGCUCAGGAGACCGAAGGGCAACAAACCAGGGCAGCUGUAGGACGGGCCACUGGGUCUGCAAAUAUGACUAAGAAAAAAGCUUCCCAAAAGAAGCAGAGAGGCAGACCUUCAUCACAGACCCGCAGGAACAUCGUGGGCUGCAGAAUUUCACACGGAUGGAAAGAAGGCGACGAGCCCAUCACCCAGUGGAAAGGAACCGUUCUGGAUCAGGUGCCUAUAAAUCCCUCUCUUUAUCUGGUGAAAUAUGAUGGAAUUGACUGUGUCUAUGGACUGGAACUCCACAGAGAUGAAAGAGUUUUAUCUCUUAAAAUUCUUUCCGACAGGGUGGCAUCAUCCCAAAUUAGUGAUGCAAACCUUGCAAAUACCAUAAUUGGUAAGGCUGUGGAACAUAUGUUUGAGGGUGAGCAUGGUUCUAAGGAUGAGUGGAGGGGGAUGGUCUUAGCCCAAGCACCUGUCAUGAAAGCCUGGUUUUAUAUUACCUAUGAGAAAGAUCCUGUCUUGUACAUGUACCAGCUUUUAGAUGAUUAUAAAGAAGGAGACCUCCGUAUCAUGCCAGAGUCCAGUGAGUCUCCCCCAACAGAGAGGGAACCUGGAGGUGUUGUAGAUGGCCUGAUAGGUAAACAUGUGGAAUAUACCAAAGAAGAUGGCUCCAAACGGAUUGGCAUGGUCAUUCACCAAGUGGAAGCCAAACCUUCUGUGUAUUUCAUCAAGUUUGAUGAUGAUUUCCAUAUAUAUGUCUAUGAUUUGGUGAAAAAGGCCUAACUGUUGGGGCAAUCUUUGCCACCUUUGUCAAAACAGGUGUAUACUUUGUAGACAUGCAAACUAACGUUGCUUUUUUCAGUGUAUAGAAAGCUUAAGGGACCCUGUUAAUGCAACAUCUUUGCCAGCAUAAAUGUUGUUUUGUUCUGAAAAAUACAAAUUUACGUGGCCAUGA